CUGUACGCCUUUAGCCUCCCUCGCGUGGCGUCCAAGGUCCGGUCCAUCAUUUUGCUUUUCUGUCACAACAUACCUUAUCAGUUCAUUCCCAAUAAUCACCCAAACGAAGACUACGUGCCGGAGUCGACCGCGGAGCUUUCAGGCCUUGAAUCGCAAACCGCCAAGUCUCUCCUCAAGGUCCCUCCCGACUCAAAUGAGUCCUCCGACUCGCCUCCCAAGCAGCCCCCCCAAGAACGAUCUUCGUCCAUCUCCGCGCCUCCCCCUUCAGCGGCAGCACAAGCAGCCGCUGAUCCCUCAAGGCCAGCAACCACGGCAACCUUGGCACCAGCUGCGGCCAUCUUUGGUGGUCCGCAAUCAGUCGCCAGAGUGGCUCCUUCAGUCGGAACUCUGUACGCCGCGCCGCCGCCGGCGUACCCUCCGCCGGGCGCGUACCCUUUCCUCGGAGGAGGAGGAUAUGCACCGGCAGGGGCUGUCCCGGGAGGGGGGGGAGGGCAAAGGCCCGGAUCAGCAGCAUCAGGAGGCAUUGGGUCAAUAGGUCCUGGCCCGGGGCCGGGACCGGCUCCAUCGCCAGCAAGCAAGCGCAGCGUGCCACCGCACACGACCGAGAGCCCAGCCAAGAAACAAAGCAAAUGGUCACCAGAGGAGGACGCACUAAUCAUCGAGCUACGCGGCAGCGGCAUGAAAUGGGAGGAUAUCUCGAAACGGCUCCCAGGGCGCAGUGCGAUUAGUUGUCGCUUGCACUAUCAGAACUACCUCGAGAGACGAAGCGAGUGGGAUGAGGAGCGCAAGAACAAGCUUGCGCGCCUGUACGAGAGGUUCAAGCCGGAAAUGUGGGCCAAAGUGGCAGAGGAGAUGCAAGUCCCCUGGCGCGCCGCCGAAGCAAUGCAUUGGCAGCUGGGCGAGGCCGACAUGGCGCGGAGAGCUGGCGUCGUUCCUUUCUCGCUUACGUCGGUCAACAUGCAGCAGGACAACACCCGGCAGUCACCAACCAGGGGCCACAUGCAUUCCCACUCGCAAGGAAGCAUGCCGAGGAGCGACCCGCACCUGAUGGGCCGGUACGCACCCCGCGGCGGCACGCCUCAUCUUGCUCAGCAGCAUCAUCACCAACACCCUCCGCCGCCACACCCGCUGACGAUCCCUCCGCCCGUACCGACGAUACCACCGCCUGGACCAGGACGUGGUCCACUGCCGCCGAGGCGGGAGAGUCUGCCACCCCGACAACCCCCGGGCGACCUCUACGAUCACGUUCAUUCCGCGCCCGGGCCGGGACUGCCGCCCAUCCAGACGCCCGCCGGCAGGGAGCGGGGCGGGGCAGGGGCAAUGCAUCUGCCAAGCGUGGCCGAGCUGACGACAGGCGUCAGCCCAUACUCGACCCCUGCGUACUCGUUGGGCCGUGCAAGCGCGAGCCCCAGCGCGACGGCCAGCCCGAGACAGUCUGCGUUGCAGGGCUCGCCUUUGGGCUACGGAGAGUCUAGCAGCAUUUUGGGAGCAGGACCAGCCACACCUGGGUCUGGCAAGAGAGGACGGUCAAGUCCGGACGCCGGGAGGGAGGCGAUCAGGAGAAGGCACUAA